GUAAAGUUGCGUAUUGGAAAUCACAACGUCUUCCUGUAAGCGUUAGCCAAGAUGGCGACAGAUCAAGUUUUUAUUCCUCCACCGUCGCUAUCAGCUAAAUUCGAAGGAUCUUUUGCAUAUCUGACGGUAAGAGACCGGCUGCCCACGAUCCUGACCAGAGUCAUUGAUACCAUUCAUCGAAACAAAAACAACUUCUUUGAGAAACAUGGGCAGGUGGGUGUGGAAGCAGAGAAAAGAGCCAUCUCCUUCCUCUCCAAGCUGAGGAACGAGCUGCAGACAGACAAACCCGUGCUGCUCCUGACCGAGUCUGGAGAUGAUACAGAAGCGUGGAACCAGUACUUGCAGAGACAGCAGGACCUGAUGGAGGACGGGCAGCAGGUCAGCUGGUUCAAGUCACCCUGGCUCUAUGUGGAAUGCUACAUGUACAGGAGGAUUCAGGAGGCCUUGUGGCUCAGUCCUCCCAUCUGUGAUUUUGACGCCUUUAAGGAAGCAAAGACGCACAGCUUCUUCGAGUCCCAGCAAGCGAUCAUCUCGCUCUGUACGUACCUACGAGAGAUCCUCUCCACCACAGAUGCCACGAACAAGAAAUGGCUGCUGGAACAUUUCCUCAGGUUUCUACAGGUGUCCCUGUGGGGAAACCGGUGUGAUUUAUCCAUCUCAGCCGGCCUGGAGAACUCUCAGAAGACCAGCCCGAUGGAUUCUCUGUCUGAUCUGCAACACUUCGUCCUAGUGGACGAUUCGGAAAAGGUGUGGUCCGCGUUAACGUCGGGACGAGGUCCCGGAGGGACGGAGGAGACCGGCGUCCGAGUGGACGUCGUCCUAGACAACGCUGGCUUCGAGCUAGUCGCUGAUCUGGUGCUCGCAGAUUUUAUGGUGUCCGUCGGCUUGGCGAAGGAAGUGCGUUUCCACGGCAAGUCCAUCCCGUGGUUCGUCUCGGACGUCAGCGAGCGGGAUUUCGAUUGGACCGUGUCGCAAACCGCAGCGUCCAAUCACAAACACGUGUCGUCCUGUGGCGUCCAGUGGAAGCGCCACGUGAAGGACGGAGUGUGGUCGUAUCACGACCAUCGCUUCUGGACUCUACCGCACGAGUUCUGCGACAUGCCGGCGGACGCCGCGGAUCUCUACGCCACUCUACAGGGUUCGGAUUUGAUCCUGUUUAAAGGAGACCUGAACUACCGCCGGCUGACGGGAGACAGGACGUGGGAGCACACGGUGCCGUUCGAACGAGCACUCCGGGGCUUCCUGCCUGCUCCGCUGUGCAGCAUCAGGACUCUGAAGGCUAACGUGCAGGUCGGGUUAGAGCCGGGUCAGGCGGAGAAACUCGCCUCUAAGGACGCGGAGUGGAUGACCAGCGGCAAAUACGCAGUCAUUCAGUUCUGUGGUCCGGUUCAGCAGCAGCAGGGUUCUUAAAGGUGCCAAGGGAACGACCAUACCAAAUAAUUUCUCUCUUAAUGUUGUGGUUUUUUUUUUUGUUUAGUUUUUUCAAUCCUUAAUGUCAGAGUCUUAUCAGAUGCUCGACAGUUUUCUGAUAAAUGUCUUAAUAGUAGUGACUGGACUUGCAUUUUUGUUGGACUUAUUUCGAAAUAUUUGGCAGAGGAACGUCAAAACUGCUUCCUUCAACCAGAACGUUUGUCCAAGGAGAACACCCACACCUAUUAGAUGUUCAGUUUAAGACGUGCGAAUGCAGACGACGUUACCCGACUAGAACACGUCGUGUUUAGGCUGCUUCGACGUGUUUACCUCCCAACCAAUCAGAUCGCAAGUCGCAAGGCAAGACAGGGAAACCAUCACGGAGGAAAACGUGACUAAAAAUGUCAAAAAAAGAAAAAACAUCCGUAAAUAAUAUCCGUGAUUUAGAAUUAGCACGUCCCAAAUCGUAGCUAGGUUGAAACGAGCAUCCCGAAGGUCCCCGGAUAGUUUACCAUUUCCGCUUUACACUUUUUUUUUUUUCCCUUCAGCUAAUAUCGCACAUAAUACCUCCGUGCUCGAGGGGGGAGGAGUUUCGUGAAGUCUCAGUACUUGCUCGCUCUAUCGCUACACGCUCGAAAGUAUCCGCUUUUCCUCCACGAACGAAGUGCGUCGUGUGUCCGUAGGCGAAUUAAUAGGACGCAGCAACAAUCCAAAGCGUUCCUUUUACACGUAAACGCUACGAGGUUGUUAUGGUUACGGUGUGUAUCGCAUGAGGCCCCCUAGCCAACGUUUAAAUAACUCCAGGUGUGAAUGCAGCCUUUCAGCAUCUCUUCAUUCAUCUUGAAGGUUUCCCGACGAGUCCAGUCACCUCGACUUACCACUGCGAGAUGUUUCUAGCCUGCAUGCCUGGCUGGAGGUUAUUUCGCGGUCAAUAUGCAUAUGCAUGUCGUCCAACAAAAAUAAGUGUCAUGACGUUUGUGAUAUUCGCCUGAAACGAACCCGUGAACGAGCACGUGCUCUAUAUUUCUACGUUGCAGGAAAAAAGAGUGAAGACGGGGAUUUCAUUGAUGUGAUUGAUCUAUGUGUAUACGCUACAUACAGCCUAGCUACUGGAUGUCAAUUAUACAAAAGCUUUUCUUUUUUUUGUCUUUUUUUUUUUUAACGGUUUACAUGAGUGACAUUCUUGUUUUUGAUGGAUGUUAAUUGAAAAGUGAGUUUUGUUUUGCGUUUAAAAGCACUGUAACGGAGCGACUCUCGCUUGGGAAAAGGACUGGAGGUGGAAUGGAGUAAGUCGAGCUGUUUAACAAACACGCACAUUAAAAUCCAAUGCUAUUUCAUGUUUGGUAUCUUUUGUGUACGGCGUACGAGUGCAAGGUCGUUACUGCGAAAGAACAGAAUGUUUCACUGAACCGAACUGACGCACUUUCUUUCUUAAUGGAUAAUGAGGGGGAGGGGGAGGGGGAGGGCGACUUGGUAGUUAAGUUGUGUCUCAAGCGGUGAAGUUUAGCAUGGGGUUGAGUCUUUGGGACAUGACAUCAGGAUUAACGUGAUGUGUCGUCAUUCUCUCAAAUUCUCGUCGAGGUGCGUGGUAAUGAAGAGCUGAACGACGUUCGAUUGGUCAGUUCCUUAACCGAAACCACGCAAAAUCUCACUGACCAAUAGAAAUCAAGCUAAGUUAGCUGCUUAUCAUAAUUUGCAACGUAAUCCAACUUCGUUUGUUUGUAAGUAUAGUGUAAAGUUUUUCAAACACUUUAAAACUGUUAUAGGAGUUUUAUGGUAACAAUUUUAUUGUAUUUUUUUUUUUUUAAUUAAAAAAUGACACGUCGUACUUUCAGAUUAUAGCUACGUUUUUAAGUUGGUUCUUGUUCUCGCUUGCGUUAUAGCAGCUGUAAACAGUCGUUCUCUCACCAGCUUCUCACUCGCUCUCUUUUUUUUUUUUUCCUUUCUUUCUUUUUUUUUUUCCUUCUUGUGAAGUUAGCAAGACAAAAAAAAAAAAAAAGUUCCCGAGAAACCUCAACGCGUACACUCGUUUAUCCGAAACCCUAAAGUUACAGCUUUACCUCUGACUGUUGCAAAACGCUGACACUGGAGACUCCUUCCAAAGAAAAUAAAACCUGAACUAAACAUCUCCUUAGAGAAAACUUCACCAAAUCUAUGAUUAAAUGGUUUCUUUGUUGAAAAAAACCCCCCAAAAAAACCAACAACUCGAUUAUUAUUAGUCUUGGAUCAUGUGGAGAAUCUAGUACACUGUUCAAGUCCCUGUGAAUGAGCUGCUACUAUGGAAACAAUAUAUAUACUAUCAGAACGAGUGCAUUUAUUAUAAAACUUUCAAAAUGAGUCAACACCUUCUGACCAAUCAGAAUCGAGGAACGACAUACGACAACACCACAGCACAGACACCAGCUAGGGCAGGGUUUUUUUGUUUUUUUUCUCUCUUGCUGGUGAUUUGUGUUUUUGUUUUACUCCAGUAACUUCCUGUUAAAAAUCAAACCCAAAUUUAUUCCAAUCACUUACAAUUGCACUUUAAUAUUAUUCAAGUGAAUUGAAAUUAAAGUACGAAUUGUAUGGGCGUGGCCUCAUAUUCUAAUUGCACUCAAAGGCGUUCAAUUCAAACACUUUAUUUACGAGGUCAUGUAGAGUAACAUAAACUGUG